AUGCUGUGCUUCAACUGCCWUUUAACUGGUCACUCAGCAAAACAAUGCAGACUGGGCUGCUGCAAAAAAUGUGGAAGAAAACAUAGCACAACAUUACAUGAGGAUGUAAGCGGUUCCAAUGACAAUCCUGAGCCGAGCACCAGCAAAGUCAUGUAUGCACAACAAAGCUCAGUCACCUCUAACUCUAGUGUUCCUACUUAUGCAAUGUUGUCCACGUCAAUUGUUUACAUCAAUGAUGGUAGUGGUGAAAGACAGCCUUGCAGAGCCGUCCUCGACAAUGGUGCUCAGUUAAACUUUAUCACACAAGCAUGCGCCAAACGGUUGCAACUGAAGAGUUCAGGCAAUUCGAUCACCAUUGCCGGUAUUGGUGCCAAUCGCAUGCAUGMAAAACGUUUAUCGUCAGCUACCUUGUCAUCGCAAUAUAGUCAUUACUCCACACCGAUAAUAUUUCACGCUUUACCAGUCAUUUCAAGCAAACUGCCAUCUCAUCAAAUUGMUACUAAUAAUAUCAUUAUACCUAGCAAUAUACAAUCGCAGUUAGCAGAUCCUCAAUCCCACAAACCUGGUGAAAUUGAUUGUCUCGUCGGUGCUGAAAUUUUCUACGAAGUAUUCAAURGAGACCGAUUAGCCAUCUCUAAUUCAUUGACUGCACGAAGCAUCAGACUUGGCUGGGUUAUAACUGGCAAAAUACAUGACUCGAUGUCUCCUCCUAUGUCAGCUGUUGUAACGCCCGCGAUUUGCGAUCAAUCAGCAUUAGCAUUGUGUGCAACCAAUGUUUCAUCUCGUCAUAAUGAUGAAUACAUUGCUGAAGAACACUUCAUCUCAACGUCUGAGCGUGACGAAACUGGACGUUUCAUCGUUCGCUUACCACUAAAAGCGCAUCCAGAAACGCUAGGCGAUUCCCGAAUUAUGGCAAUGAAACGCUUCUUUAAUGUAGAGCGCCGUCUUGCAAACGACCCUGUAUUAGCUGCAGCGUACAUUCAUUCAUGA